AAUUGCAGUCUAAACUGAAGCUCAUGAUUAGGUGAUUAUUGGAGUCAGGCGUGUUAUUUGGGGCUGGGGAAAAACUGUGACACCAAUCAGGCCCUUGAUGACUGGAACUGCCCACCCCUGCGUAUAGUAGACAGCUGUGGCUGACUGAAUGGAUGAACAACUAUAUGAGAUGAUGAACAACUAUCUUUCCUCAUAGUUUACCUCCAUCUACCAUGGCAGGAGGGAUACUGCUGGUUCCAGGUGAACACACACACCAGAAUAUGGAGAUGUAGAGCUUUGUCUGUUUAAUUCACAUUUUACUGUGUGUGUAGGACACUAUGGUAGAUGCUGACAUGGCCAAAAAUGCCGUGAUGUGGCAGAAUGGAGGCAUGUGUGGUCUGGACCACUGGAACUUUGUCAUGCAUCCUGUUGACGUGGCCAUGACCUGUGACCCUAACGGAAGUUACGCCAGGACGUGGUGCCCUGAGCUGGCUGCUGUGCCUGAUGACUUCAUACCCAAACCCUAUCUGGAGGAAAGGAGCCUCUCUCUGCAGGACGUGAAGUUGGGAUUCGUGGUCAACACAGAUAGGCAGUUCCUCCUGCCUGUCAUCACCCGCAUGGAGUUCAAACACCAAUCAGACGAUCCAGACCCGGACGCUGCCUCUAACCCCCAUGUGAGUCGCAGGCGGGAUGAGACCAUCGCCUUCCUGAACCAGACAGACUUCAUGACCAGCGUGAUGAAAGAGGGGAGGGAGAGACAGGAGAGACCAGAGAAAGAUAGAGGGACUGGCACACACCCAUAUGGCCAAUGGAAGGGUUAGGAGGACCCCUGCUGCUAAGGCCAGGUUAUCCUCUGUGCCUGGGGGAGUGGCUACGUUUCACAGAUGACCAAGAGGGCAGGGGUUAAAGAUCAGCCUACACUGAUAGAACUGUUGCAAAACUAGGUACCACAUCAUGGGUUAGAGUUUAAGGGUACACCUAGCCAGUUGUACAACUGAAUGCAUUCAACUGCAAUGUAAAACAAACUCCUCUGAAUCAGAGGUGUGGGGGGGCUGCCUUAAUCGACAUCCAUAUCAUCGGUGCGGGAACAGUGUGGUUAGUCUGUGUAACAAGGACAAACUGCUGUUUAAAUUAAUUGGUUUACAUUUUAGUCCUUUACCAGUCAUAAUUCAGUAACGCAGGCUGAAUCAACUGCAAGCACUGCUACUAGGUGUCAUUGUGUUAAAGUGCAAUAUUUGUACUAAGGAAUUCAAGCAAAUAUAAACAUUGUAUUUUUCAUUAAUCUUUAAGUGCCGUCUUUCCAAACUAGUAUCAGAGGCUACACAGACAUCUCAGUAAAAGUACUCAGGGGGGAUGA